GCACAUGAUAAAACAAUUGAAUCUUUUUUAAUUAAUAUCUGAAGAUAUAUUUAGUGCUCUCAAAACACCAAAGCCAGAAUUUCAGUGUAAAUUUAGUUUGUGAUCUAUAUGCAGGACUCUUGUGUUAGCAUGUCAAGGGUGGAAGGUUACGGAGAGUCUGACCUGCGCUCACAACUACGAGCAUGUAGGACUGAGAUCGCUAUGGCAAUCCAUGACCCUUUCCCACUGCUGUAUGGGCUGGCAGAUCACGACAUCAUCUCCGAACAGAUCCUAAGGGAGACUUUAGAGCGAAAGAAAAAGGACGGUAUCCACAAAGCUGUCUACUCACUGCUCACUCUGAUACUGGACCAGGAUGCCACAGUCCUCCAGGGCUUCUGGAGCAAUCUCUGUAAAGAGUACAAUAAGGAGUGUUACCCAAAACUGGAAUCCCUGUUUAUGAACCUUCCCAAAGGGUUAAAGCAGGUGGCCAGACAUGCAGGGAACCCCAGGCUUGAGCUGCAGGUCCGCAGCCAGUCAGGCAAGAAGAGAGGGGUGGCCGAAAAACAAAUGACCCACCGGCCUCAUCACACCAAGAAAGCCUUGACCUCCAGCUCAGGAAGCAAAGGCAAGCCGAUGAGAAAGACAGAUGGUGCAGCACUUUCUCAGGUCUCAGUGGGAAGCGGGGUCCAGGCUGUAUCUACCUCAGUCCAGAGGGCCGUGACCGUGUCUGCCAGUGAGCAUCCCACUGGCUGCGGGACAGUGGAGGGGAUUCUGAUCCAGCAGGUCAUUGAGUCUGGAGGUGCCAAAAAAUGCAUCAAGGUGGGAGGAGAAUUCUACUCUUCUGGCAAACUGGAUGAGACAGCUGGAGUGCACAAGGCACAGACUGCACAAAACUAUAUUCACCAGCAGGGAGAGCCAAGCACCAGAGUCACGGAUGUCGAGCAUAAUGAUGAUGAAUGUACAGUCUGUAAAGACGGUGGGGAGCUCAUCUGCUGUGACGGAUGUCCUCGUGCCUUCCAUCUCACCUGCCUAGUGCCGCCCCUUACCUCCAUACCCAGUGGUAUCUGGCGCUGUCAGCUAUGCCAAAGCAACAGAGCGAAAGACAGAACAUACACCCCUUUGCAGCCUGCAGUUCACCCUCCAGUGACAGAGACAAGCUCCAGCUCUGCUGUGGACUUCUCUUUCUUCUCGUCUUUGUCCUCCACUUCACUCUCCACAGUCACAGGAGGCAAAAGUGCUCUGCCCAUGGGCCUCCAGUCUUCAGAUGGUGAAAUGGUUGGGAUGAGGAUGGCUUGUGGAAUUUGCCACCUUACCCGAGGAGAGCUGAUCACCUGCCCGCAGUGCCUGCAGAGUUAUCAUGCCCUCUGCAACUUCUCAAAUGGAAAGUCAAGAUGUAGAAAUUGCUCCAGGUCUUGGGGCCCUGAAAGUGAAACAUCAUCGAGGACUCUUCAGGUGAGCCAACACAUCACUGAUCAGGGCUUAACGCCAUCAGAGCAACUGCUCAACAGAGAUGAAAUGGACUCUAUAAUGGGGGAGAGCUCUAUAGAUGGGAUCCUGCAGUGGGCUUUUCACAACAUUUCACGUCCUAUUUCUGAGUCUCAAGGCUAUUUCCAGUGAUUAAGUGAGUCCACUGGUUCAUCUCUGCUGUGCCCAAAAGUCAAAUCUCAGUAUAAGGUUCCUCCUCAGUGUUAGUUGGACUAAUAUGGAUUCAAUAAUGUGAAGAAAAUUAAUGUUUAUCCAUUUCACAGGUUAUUUUUUUUAUUUUAUAGUCUAUAAAUCACAAAAGGUUGUUGCUACUACAGGGUGUCCACCAACUAUUGUUUUAUUUCAAACUAAUAUUUGGGAAAAAUACAAUAUAUACAAUACAAAAUACAUUAAGAUAGCUUCACCCAGAAGCUAAUGUUCAUCUAAAUGAUUCAUUGUCCCUCCCACAUUAAACUGUAUUAAAUACAAUAAAAA